ACACACCGUGCAAUCUGUCAAAAAAGAGGAAGAAACUGCUCCGUUGUUUUGCGAAUACUUCCACCCAGGAAGGGAACCUCCAGAAGUGAAACUAUUAAAACUGCAAUGCUAGGAGUGAGGAGAUAAGCGAAGACUUUGAUGAUAAUCUGCAGAGAUGAUGGACCCUGAGGUUUCUUUGCUGCUGCACUGCGCAGACUGGAGGGGGCUGCUGGAGUCCCAAGUAAAAGUGGAGCUUUGUGAAAGAUUUAACAGGCAGACAGAUCCAGCUCUAGAGCUUCACAUAGAGGAGGUGUGGACAGAGCGGGUGUCCAGGGAGCCGUGGCUUUUCAAUGGGGCCAAAUUCAGGCUACACUCUUUCUGCUUCGCCUCCCUAGAGUGUCCCUCAUCAUCCUGUGCUGCUUCUGAACAUCUGGCCUGCACUCAAUCAUCCGAAGAAUGCUCCUUAGUCUGUGUGGAGGAUCAGGAAGGCAAAUUACCUGUCAGACAGAGACAGGAGGAUUUGUGCGAUUUGGAUCCUCUGCAUAAUGGUGCUCAAAACAGUUUGGACCUUAGAAACACGUCUAUAAAUCAGACAGAAAAUAUGGGGGAUGUCAUCCAACAGACAGCUAGUUCAUUGGAACAAGACUCCUCUAUUUGUAGAGCAGCUCAACUUCCUUCCCACUCUGAUAAGAACACACAUGACAAAGACACAGGGCCACUCCUCACUCUGAGACUUGGCCUUACGUGCUACAAGGACUAUCUGGGAACCAACUGGUCUUGCAAGGUGGCAGAGCUCCGUCAGCGUGGGGAGGCGGAGUUCAGCGAUUCUCUGGCGCUGCUGGCUCAGCCUUUGGGUGUGGGCGGCGUCCUGUGUACAGAUGACGGACAGGUGGUGUUGAUCAGGAGGAGCCAGAGGGUGGCAGAGGCAGGGGGGCUCCUGGACAUCCCUGGAGGUCACCCAGAGCCAAAGGCGGUGUGUGAGGAGGUCAGCAUGGUCAUGAUACAGCAGAGGCGGGAGGCCGUCGUCUUGGAGCUGUUCGGGUCAGUGUGCGCUGAGAUCAGAGAUGAGGUGAAUGUUCCUCUGAGCUGCCUCGGAGAGCCUGUCCUGAUGGGUGUCGCUCUGAAUCACACCAGUGCAGGAAGACCAAGUGCUGAGUUCUACGUCAGUUGCUCACUGACAUCAGACGAAGUCAGAAAGUUGUACUGGAAAGGAGGAGCAGAGGCCCAUGAGUCCACAGACAUCGUCUUCCUCAGCAGAACAGAGGUGUUGCAGCUGGACAGGAGCAGCCCUCUGUGGUUGGAGCUCUGUCCUUCAGCUAAAGGAGCAGUGCUGCUUUAUCAGACAGUGAAACCUGACGCAGAGCGAGACCGGUGCAGUCGACAAGACGCUCAGCUGACGCACAAUUGAUCCAGUGUACAACCACAGACUUUUUCA